GAGACAGAAGAAACCCCUAUAAGCAGUGCUCUUGUUUCAGCCGGUGAUGCAACCGGGGCCGGGAAAGACUGUGCACCUGCAAUCAUGCCAGUCAGAGUUAAGACGGCAAGCAUGGAGGACGACUGUGUGUGUGUUUACGACUCGACCUGGGACACAGAGAGUGAUGGAGAGGACCAGGCCAGAGAUGGUCAACAUCGUCGAUCCAGUCAAGACAAAAAUAAAUCUGGUUGGACUUCAGAAUCGUGGCAUCGCACGCCCAGAAACAUGAGGGCAGCAAAGGACAUGCAGAACUACAGAAGAGGAUACCCUAAUCUUGCAGAUGAAGAGUGCUCAGAGGACAAAAUGAACAAUUUGCAGUUUUACCUCAAUAAAUUCCCCUCUUCACCUGAUAAUGUCUACAUUGAAUCGUUCCUUAAAGAAUGGAAGAAUGACUACAAAAAGCUGGAGAGAGUUCACUCAUACAUUCAGUGGCUGGUUCCACUCCGAGAACUAGGGGUAAACUACAUGGCUUCUGAACUCACCAAGAAGGAAAUUGAGGCCUUUAAGAGUAAUGAAGAUGCAAAAAAGAGGCUAGUGGAGUCCUAUGAACUCAUGUUGGGCUUCUACGGCGUCCGCCUGGUUAACAAAGAGACGGGUGAAGUGACACGAGCAGACAACUGGAAAGAGCGCUUCGAGAACCUUGAGCGGAACAUGCACAACAACCUGCGCAUCACUCGUAUCUUGAAGAGUCUGGGCAAGCUAGGAUUUGAGCACUAUCAGGCACCGCUCGUUCGCUUCUUCCUCGAGGAAACUCUGGUCAAGAAAAACCUCACCAGUGUUAAACGCAGCGUACUUGACUAUUUCCUGUUUGCGAUUCUGGAUAAACAACAAAGCCAGGAGUUGGUGCGCUACGCCUACCUUCACUUUGAACCAAAGGAUACAUUUGUGUGGUGUCCCAGGAAGAUUCAGAGGCAGUUUAAGAAGUUCAGAAAGAAAGAAAAACAUCGGCAUUCCUCCUCUUCUUAUUCCACAAAAGACCAUUACGAAGAUAAAGAA